GAAGCAUUUGUGGUUGCGUUGCGCGACCCUGAAUUGUUCGAGCAGCAAGACGUUGGUAAGUGGUUGCGUGGAAUCGCUCGCAAUUUGGUGAGAAACGAAAUCCGCAAGGAUGCUCGGAGAAGACGGAUCCUGCAUGAAGGAUUCGCAGAACUGCUCUUGAAGGACGCUGAUUGUCACGACGACGAUCCCUAUUGGCAGCGUGCACGCUUGUCGCAUUUGCGAGAUUGUGUCGAGCAACUACCUCCUAAGAGUCGUGAGAUUGUGACCGGUCGGUACUCCGAUGGCUGGAAUGCAACGGAUUUGGCCGAUCAUUUAAGCAUGACUGCUGCAGCCGUCCGGCAAGCCCUCAUGAGAAUUCGGCAACAGUUGAAAGUCUGCGUUGAACAGCAAACGAUCGAGAAUACGUUGGCGUAUCAACAGCGCUUUAAAGAAUUGAUUGCGCUCGUGCUGGACGACGCCGCGUCAGAGAAGGAGCUGGACGAGCUCGUCGCAUUGGCACGCGAAAAUGACCAGAACCUGCAGACGCUAAAAGAUCAUUUGGUUGUUAGCGAUCGACUAUCGCAGUACGAAGAUCUUCGCCGAACGGAAGAAAAGUACCUUGA